AUGAAGGUGGUGUACCCGUUCUGGAUCGUUUCGUCAUUAUGCCAAGUGGCCCAAGUCGGCUUGAGCAUUUGGGGAUUCAACGACAUUGCUGGCAGAAUAACAAAAACAGAAUACUUUGAGCUAGCGGUAUCCCUUGUUCUCUUCCUCGCCGAGGCGCUUCAGAAUAUCUCCGAUAUCCUCCUCUUUAUAGCCUUCGUCGAGAUUGGCAGCGGCUUUGUGUUGUGUUUGAACGGAGCGAAAAAGUCACCUAUUCGAAGACGCCUAAGAUUCGCUGCCUUUGCAUUGGGCAUUAUCUUGCUGGCUCUUGCUCUUACGCAUUUUGGGGUUCGUCUCCAAGCUGAUAUCGCUCACAGAUCACAGCUACAGAAGUUGAAUGAUCUCCAUGUUACAGAUGGAUUGUUCGAUCCGGCCAGCGAAGCAGCGCGUUUAUACUUCGCCCUUCAGGCAGGAGCACAGGAUGCUCAUUUCGACUCUCUUAUCAAAUCAAGCCAUCUACAUAAUGCCUUUAACAUUUGCUUGUGGAUCACCAGUCUUCCAAUCCUUGGGUUUGCCUCCUAUGUGCUCCACCAUACAAAGGAAAAUAUCAUGCUGAAAAAGGUCGCCGCCUUGUAUUUGACAUCAACAAUUCUUACAUUCUGUCGCCUUCUUGUCACAAUGGGCAUUAACCUCAGCGAGUAUGAAAACCAUAGCCUCAUCUGGUCUGGAAACAUUAAAGGACAUACGGGUAUCCGCACAGAUAUCUUACCCUUAGUUGAGGCCUUCUUCAACUACACUCUCAUGUUCAUCGUUCUCACGCUCUUGUUCGUCGUGGCCAUCCGAAAGCGAAGAGGUCUCUGGUCCAAUUCCCAAAUGACUUGGGAUGCAUCAAACAAGUUGUCCAACGUUGCAACUGGUUCCUCCCCUACCUCUGAGACUCCAGGGUACUCGGAUGAUGGCCUGCAGGAGCACGGGUUCUGUCUCGAAUCUCAGCAAACAGAAACAUCUUCUCAUCCGACAGAUCCUCAACCAUCCAGCCAACCACUUCUGUCUUCAGCACCACCUGCGUUGCCUCGACAACCCCCCCCUGCAGCGCACCUAGAUCCAGAACCUAUCUCAACCGCACAGCAAAGAAUCCCACGACGACCGCUUGCCCCAUCGAUACCUCUAUCACCAACCAAACCAAGCUCGCCAUCAGGCACACCAUCCUCACCACAAAGUAUACACCCAGUCCACGGGGGGUUUCUGACACGUCAGCGGACUAUCGAGGAGUUGGACGCGCAAAAGGUGUUGGUAUUAGAGAUGUCACCAAUACACCAUCCACACAGGAUCCCUUCCAGCGACGAUGGAGAAGAAGUGGCGGAUGGAUUUCAAAUGCAGAAUCGCGCCCACUUGAAUGUAGGAGAAAGCUCGGCAAAUGCUAUGGUUGCCACUAGAUACCAGGCAGCGCAGGGGCAUGAUCCAUCUUUGGAAGAAGACACAGAGCUGGAAACGGUGGUCGACGGGUUUCAAAUGGGCUCGGCACAGAGAAGGACAAAGGAAGUGGAAUCGACAACCAAAUCCCAGAAGUCCCAAGACCAUGACGAACCUCUUGCGGAGUCAGACGUGGUAGCUGAUGGGUUUCAAAUGCAAUCUAAGCUGCCGAGUUAUGACGAGGCGGCCCCGGCGAGGACUGGGUUAGGGUACUUGAGGGAGAAGGACGACCAAGAUAAGAAAGCGAGGGGGAGGGCGAGAUCAUUUUGA